GUUGUACUAACUACUUUUGUUCUAUCAAAAUAAAACCUUGUGUACUCAAUUCAGUGGUUUAAACAGCAAAGACUGAAAAAGAGUUGAAGACAAGUAUUUAGAUCUAUUUAACGUGUUAUUCAAUGAUGAUUCGCUAAUACGUUUAGUAAUAGCAAUGAUUUUGAAGUGCAGUGGCUAAGAUGACAGUAUGUGAAUUGGAUAAGGAAGUUUCUGGAGAGAUCUUAGGAUGGAAGGUACCGGUGUGGCAAGCCUUGUUGGUCCAUCGUGUACUACCGUCAUGCGGAGGCUUAGUCUUGUAUCUAGUUAUCAUGUGCUUUGAUUUUGCUCUUGUAUUCGAACAUUAUCGGAAUGGAAAGAAUGCAGUUGCUGCAUUCUGUUUGGUGUUGAUUGUACUCCCGGUAGCAAUUUCUCUAGUCUUUACACUAGCGUCUCCACCGGCAUCGUUACAAAUAGAUGGAUCUUCAUACAGUAUUAAUAUAAGAAAAGUGGAUUGCAUGUGGAUCUUAGCGCAGGUAGCAAAGGCUGUGUUUUUUCCAAUUGCUACAAUCGGCAGAUAUGCUUAUUUGAUAUUUUGGUGGGUUGAUGUUGUGUUUGCGUCGCUUCAAGAAGAUACAGACCGAGCUGAGGAGGCACUGACGUUAGCACGAGCUCCUUCAACAAUCGAGCUCUAUCUAUUUCUUCAGGCGUUUAUACAUUCAGCUCCUUAUGCUAUCGUCAACAUAUUAGAUAUGAUGGUUAAUGCUGCCAAUCCCAUUUAUGAUACAAUUCAGCUCCAAGCGGUUACCCUUGUGGCAUCUUCGUUGAGAAUGGCAAGUACAGCUACUAUGUAUAGAAGAUUUGAACGAGAGAAAAUUUGUGGACGGCAAUAUCCGUGGAGAAACAAUGAUGAUGAAGAAACAGACAAGAAGGAGGUAGUUGUUAAUACUAACAAUAAUGAUAAGCUUAAGGAAAAUGAACCUAUUUACGAAUCCUUUAAUAGUAAACAUGACAGUUCACUAACCCAUUCAAUUAAUCCAAGAAGACCGAUAAACAGCGAUUUUAUUCAGUUUUCACCGCGUCAUUCAGAACGGAAUUCAGAUCAUGAAGAUUAUUGUUUCGAAUCUGAUACAGGGAGUUCUGAUUACCUACCGCCAAUAAGUCGAAAGGCAAGCGAUAAUAGUACGGAUGAAUAUGAAAAGCCCUUGACUAUCAUUGAAAGAGUGGCUCCACGGAGAAGAGAUACAUCUUAUGUAGUAGAAGAAGUAUAUGUUCCUCCGCCACCCGUAACGCCAGCACCACGACCAGGGUCGUUAGCUGUUUGGGCUGAAAAAAUGGUCGAGAAUGCUGAAUCGAUUCCCGCCUGGCUCUCUGCUCCACCUAGAAGAAGACACGUAGAAGUAGUACAAGAUGAACCAGAUCUUCCACGACGUGUGCCGAGAUCCUCCGUGCGAGGCUUGGAACCUCAGGACGCAACAGCUGCCUUAUUUCAUUUUUUAGGCUGGCACGGAUUUUUUAUAGCACGAUUGCUCUCUUUGGCUGCACUUAUAAAUUUUACGCCAUUUUUUUCUAUUAUUAUUUUAUUUAUUCAUUAUCAAAUAACUUUGCUUUUCUUAAUCGUUCCUCAAGCAUCUACAGCGAAAAGAGCAUUUUAUAUAUUUCUCGCGUUUAUUUAUUUGUUCUGUUUGAUGGAGUUUAAAAUACGCUUUCGGCAUGUUCGCGUGUGGCACGUCUCGUGGUUUUUCGUAACAUCAGUUGAAAUAAUUGCAUUUAUAUCGAUGUGGGGUACUAUCCAAAACCCUUUAAAUUUUUGGUGGAAAAAUUUUGUUAUCAUUGUAACGUUAUCUAGUCUGGUACUUAGUUAUAUGUUAUUUUUUACAUAUUUUUUGCUGCUGCAGCCUAGAGAAACUAUUGUUCAUCAACCUAGUGCUAAAAAUAAAUACGUAAGUAGCUAAA